AUGUCUUCUAUGAAAGAUUCAGUCUCGAGAUAUCUUUAUACGAAGCGUCUUGUCCUCGAAUUGUUCGACCAUAAUAAUUCCGAGCACUACGAAUGCCUUCUCGGAUCAAUGAACAGCCCGACAGCUCACGCACGAAUGGGUGAUUUUGGCAUCAGAACGCCUACAGAAUUCGAUGCUCUCAACAGUGCAACACGGCUUGCGGGUCCUUAUUGCCAAGGACUCGUACCUGAUUUGGACUUCUACUACGUCCUAAGACUUGGUGACAAAGAUGGUCCUAUGAUUGGAGGCGUCUCAGUUGCACAACGAAGUGCCUCCGUACCACCGGACGUUGGAUGGUGCAUUUUAGAGCCCUACAUGGGCAAAGGAUAUGCAACCGAGGGUGCGAAAGAGUUCCUCCGCUACCUUCAAGAGGAUUUCGGACUGCGAGAAGUUAUGACUUGGCCGGGCGCGACAAAUAAGGAGAGCCGCAGAGUGGCACAAAAGCUGGGGUUUGUGGAAGCUGGGACGAUUCGCUUGAAGGAAGAGCCGGGAAAAGUCGAUGUUGCCUACAUUCUGCCAGGCAUGGAUUUCACUUUCGACAAUAUCAGCCUUUCCAUGUGGGGGGAUGAAGGACAAGUUUCAAAGACGAGCGCUCAGUUGACAAAGUAG